GACAAGACGAAACGAGUGCACACCUCUCCAUCUCCCUCGCUCUCAACAAUAGAAGCUCACCAGGAUUUACGGCCACCAUGGCCAAACCUCUCAGGGACGUAGUCGGCGUUGCCAAAAAAUACACCCAACAAUCCAGCGGCCUCUACGAAGCCAUUCGAAGAUUUUUCGCCGUCGACCCCGAACGCAGCAACGGAGUUCCGAUCAAACACUUCCGCAACCCUCCUCCCGGCGGUCUCGAUCCUCAUUCAUACGACGAAGCCGUCACUACACCAGCGGCCGAUAUUGCCGACAACCCAUACUGGAAGCGCGACGUGCGACGAGCGUAUCCCACACUGAGUACCGUGACGCAAAGCGAUGCGGUUGGGUUACUUAGCUUUGGAAGUGCAGCCGACCCAAGCCCUAAGCUCCUGACGGGUGACGAGGGUGCGAAACAGUUGGUGGAGGUCAAGCAGACGGGUGAAAAGGGUUUGGCGGCGUAUUUUGAAUCGCAGGGUAAAGGUACGGGUGUGUCGUCGGUUCUUACCAAUGGUGGGUUGCCGCCGAACCCGGUCGCGGUGAGGAGUAAGCAUCUAAAGGCGGAGAAAUAUGAGAUUGGGCAGACGAGUUAUGGAGAAGAUUAUCCCUGCCGGAGCUUCGUUUAAAGCAACGGCUGGCCCAUACCUGGUCGCUAUGAAUAAAUAUCAAGGGUUCGGUCUGUUAAACCACGGGGGGCUUGUUUCUAAAUAGAAAUCCUACCGCCUUCCCAUCAGGAAUCGGAAAAGAGAAAAAAUGAACAGAAAUCUAUGAAUUAACAGCUACUGCUCUUCAAC